AUGCCGAUCAACUACACGUACGUCACUGCCAUCCUGGCAUGUCUUGUAGGUCUUGUUUACUGGAGUUCCUCGCCAACCGAAGCAGCCAUGAGCAGUCUCCUCCCCAACAUUGUCUCUCCAUACGAUGAAACGCUCGAGGCUGGAUGCAACCUGCAGAAGGACAUGUACACGGUUUACAACAGACACAUGACCAUGUACGAGUUCCUGGAUGUGUCCCCGGAUGCCAGCAAAUCGGACAUAGUGCAAGCGCUUCAAAAGAUACAAAGAGAGAGCAAGGCUGCUACCAACACGUGCGCGGCGGCUCCUAGCCUCUGCCCCGAGCACUACCGGGUUCAACUCGACAAGCUGGCCCUCGCGGACCGCGUCGUGUUGUUUCUGCUGCAGAGCCAGGCGCAGAGGGACAGAUAUGACGCCGAGAUCUAUUUCGCGCUCGUGCACGUCGCCGUUCUCGAUGAGGAGGACCGGGCUUCUGCUACUGCGGCCAGGGACAACGAUGUUGACGACAAGGGAUCGGGCUGGAAAUGGCCAACAAGGGGCUGGGCUGUUGAGUCCAAGAGCGAUAGGAAGCUUCGGAUGAUUAGAGACAAGGUUACGAAGAAGAACGAAGCCCAGGUUGAGGCUGGCCAGAGCUUGAGACAACUGUGCGGGAACUGGGUUGUCUGA